AUGGACUGCCUUGCUUUGCUUCUGAAGCGGGCAGUAAACUACGUGGGGCAAGCAACGAGAAAACCUAGCCGACAAUUAUCAGCACUAGAGACCCUCCCACCCGAACUCAUUCUGUGCAUUGCGGAUUUCCUCAGCGGCCCCGAUAUCCUCUGCCUCGGUCUCUGCAGCCAUCAGCUCCUAGGCACAAUAAGCAAGGAGAACCCAGCUUCAUUCUUAUCCCAAUCUAAGCACAAGUCCAAAUUCAAGACGGAGACCCUCAUCCGCAUUGCCCGCGACGAUCCAGAUGUAUUCUGCUGCCUACGGUGCGCAAAGCUGCAGCGACUCGCAGACAUAAAACACCCCGCUUCAACAGACAGAAACAGGUAUCAUUCUUGUCCGGAUAUAUCAAGAGAACACUACGACGAUAUCCUCGGGCCGCUUUGGAUGCUUCUUGGCAGCUGGGCCGGGGGUGUGCUGUAUAAUUUCCGGCACGGCCAUCUAGCGGCUGUCAUGCAGAAUCACUUUCGAGGAAGCACUCGAACAAUCACGGCUGAGAUGUUGCAGUACACACAGGUAACCACCAACAGUCCGGGUGUCCGGGAUUCAGUGGUCACGGAAUUGGUCUCUGUCGAGGGGCGGGUGUGCUCGAGGUCGCAGGACCAGACCCAGCGGAGAGAUGAAGGCUCCACAUCCGCAUCGACCUUAGUCCUCCAAGUCCAAAACUGGACGCUAUUCCACGAUAGGCCAGCCAUGGAUUCCGUCAUGGGCGAGCUGAGGCUUACAAAGAUCUGCGCGCACGAGUGUGUAGGCGAUGCAGUACGAGCUGGAGGCUGGGAUGUCGAUGUCGACCUGCAGUUGCACCGCGAAGGUCUAGUACUCGAGAAUCAAUGUUGCCGGGCCUGCGGUGUCGAGUUCCGAGUUAGUCUCCACAGCUGUGGAGCGGAUGGAAGAGCUGUUGUGGUCACGAAAUGGGUGGAUCUGGGGUCAGGGUUGGAUAUCGACGAUGUCAAAUGGAAACGAGUUCUGUCUGGUUCAGAAAAACGUUAUCUGGUCACUGCAAGCCCCGGUGAUGUCUCACGGCUCUUCCAGGAUGCCUCGCGCGUUAGCAGCAGGGACAGCGACCCGACCGAGAGAAAUAGGUCUUUUUUGAUGGGAGAGGAGUACCGGCGUCUGUUGCACGAGAGAACUGGUGGUCUUUUCUUCUCGUCUGUACCGUAUCACUGGAGGGUUCAGUCGAAGUAG